AUGUUUCAGGCGUUGACACCAACACCUCAGCUAGCCUCGGACUGUGUUGCACAGCAGAAGGAACGUUCAGGCCUCGUUUUCAAGGCUCACCCGGCAACCCGCAAAUUUCCGUGGAUGUGUAACAGGACAUGGACAGAUGGCGGUCACGGUAUGGUGACCACGGAGGCGAGCAGCGGUAGCUGGUCGCACGAAUCGGGCGACGAGUGGGGCAUGGCGGACGAGAGCGGCUGGCAUGAGUGCGCGGUGGCGGGUCGCGAGAUCCAGACGACGGUGGGUGCGGAGAGCCGCACGAACGCGAUCUUGGCAGCGAACGGUCGCUCCGAGAGCAGUGGCAGCCGGAACGGACGGCUGGGAGUGGCUGACGAAGAAGAUCUCGAAGCUGAAGGGUCGGCGGUGCGAGCUGACCUUCGGGCUGGAGAAGAACGAGCGGUGGCGAACGAGUGA